AUGGAUGCUGGAUCAGCCGGAGUGCUUGUUAUCCUCCUUUUCCUCUCCAUCCUGUGGUUCCUGGUCUGGAGAAUGGACAGAAAGAGAAGCCAGUUGCCUCCGGGACCGGCCCCGUGGCCCAUUCUGGGCAACCUAUGGCAAAAGGACGUCCUGCCCCUCUACAAGACCUACGAGAAGCUCAGCAGCGCGUAUGGCCCCAUCUUCACCGUCUGGCUGGGGCUGAAGCCGGUGGUGGUGCUCUGUGGGUACGAGGUGGUGAAGGAUGCUCUGCUGGGCCACUCCGAGGAGUUUGGAGGGCGACCUGAAAUACCUCUUCUGGUGCAGCUGUCGAAAGACUACGGUUUUGUCUCCAACAAUGAGAAGAAGUGGCGGGAGCUGCGGAGGUUCACGCUCAGCACCCUGCGGGACUUCGGGAUGGGGAAGAGCUCCAUGUCACAGCGGGUGCAGCAGGAGGCCCAGCACCUGGUGGAGCUGCUGGCAAAACUCAAAGGAGAUGCCUUUGAGCCAAUGACAAUGUUCAGACACGCAGUUGCCAACGUGAUCUGCUCCGUUGUCUUCGGGAGCCGUUACAGCUACAGCGACACGGCCUUUCUGGAGCUGCUGAACGUGAUCGGGAAUUACAUCAGCUUCUUCCUCUCCCCCAUCGCCAUGGUCUACAACACCUUCCCCAACAUCAUGCACCACCUCCCGGGGCCACACAGGAAAGUCCUGGCUGAGUGUGAGAAGCUGAAGGACUACAUCCGAGAAAGAGUAGAGCUUCACAAGCUGACACUGGAUCCCAGCUGCCCCCGGGACUACAUCGACUGUUUCCUUAUGAAAGCAGAGAAGGAGAAGAGCAGCCCGGAGAACAUGUACAGCAACGAAGACUUGGUCAUGUCGGUAUUCAACCUCUUUGGUGCUGGGACAGUGACUACUAGCAACUCCCUGGUCUUCUCCCUCUUGAUCUUGGCAAAAUACCCCCAUAUUCAAGCCAAGGUCCAGGAGGAGAUCGACGCGGUGGUGGGCACCGACCGUGCUCCCAGCACGGAGGACAAGCUGAGGAUGCCGUACACCAACGCGGUAAUCCAUGAGAUGCAGCGCUACCACAAGACCCGCAUCGAGAACUUCCCGCGGAUGACGACACAGGACGUGGUGUUCAGAGGCCACACCAUCCCCAAGGGCACAGUUGUUAUUCCGGUAUUUUCUUCCGUGCAUACGGAUCCAACCCAGUGGGACAACCCCAAAGAAGUCGACCCGCACCACUUCUUGGAUGAGAAGGGCGAGUUCAGGAAGCGCGAAGCCUUCAUGGCUUUCUCAGCAGGGAAGCGCAUGUGCCCCGGAGAGGCGCUGGCCCGCAUCGAGCUCUUCCUUUUCCUCACCACCCUGCUGCAGAGCUUCACCUUCCAGCUCGCCGUCGAGUACGAGGAGACGGAUUUGUUCUCCCUAUGGCUCGAGAUAGAGAGGAGGGCGAUACCGGGCAAGUUCUUCGCUAUUCGGCGCCCGGUGGCCUCUUAA